AUGGAAUAUACGCUUUUAAGUCAGGCGUUACCUAGCGAUUUCCCUAUAUGUAUUUCUUGGUUUUACGUAUUAUUCCGCGUUGUUGAACGAACGUAUGGACAGCGAAAUAUUUUAGAAGUCUAUCAGAUUACAUGCCAAUUUCGCCGUAAACGAAUUGCGGGAUGUGAUGAGUUAGCUGGGAAUCAAAUUACAAAUUUGUCGCGUCAAUUUCAACAAGUUCGUCAGUCUCUUGAGUUAUUUGCCAGUAAACACAGGAGCAAAAUUAAAGAUGAUCCUCGAUUACGUUCACAAUUCCAAGCAAUGUGCAGUAGUAUUGGUGUUGACCCUCUAGCAUACAGUCAUGGAUGUUGGUCGGAGACGCUUGGAUUGGGAGAAUUUUACUAUCACUUGGGAGUUAAAAUUAUUGAGGCUUGCAUGGCACAUCAAAAGCAUACUGGUGGCAUCAUCCCACUACGCGAUUUGGUGUCUUUAUUGAACAAAAAUAGAUCAAAAUACGAAUCAGAAAUCAGCGACGACGAUGUAAAGAGGUCGAUAAAAAAGCUUCGCUGUCUAGGGACAGGAUUCAGCCUAAUCAGUUUGCCUGGUGGUCAGUCACUAGUCCAGUCAGUUCCAGGUGAGAUGAGUAUGGAUCAAACUUUGGUGUUGGGUCUUGCAGAAAGUUCUGACAGUCAUGUAACAGCGUCGGCUGUGAUGAAUAAAUUCUUCUUCCAGAAACUUCACCAUUUCAAUGUCAGUUCUUUUUACUUCAAAAGCUAAGUCGAAAUUCAUUUCACAUAUGCACUGUUGUAACCAGAACUCACAUCAAUGAUACUAGACCCAUGUAAUGGAGAAUACGUGCUUCUUCACAUGCCACCACACUUAAUAUUCAAUAUAUGGUGGUCACAAACUAGACAACGACCUAUUAUGGAUCUUUCCUUUUAUGGAUUCACUUCACUGUAUUUUACAGUUGUAAUAUGUGGAUUAUGAACUAGUUAUCUGACGCUGAAUAGAUCCUAUUAGAUAAAUCGUAGACUCUUUAAACUGUACUUUGAGUGAUUAGUGAGUUUAACGUUUACGCUGCAUGAUCUAGUUUCAUGAUCAUCUAUUUGUUUCUUAAAAUAUGUUCAUCUAUUAUUCAUCGUUAUUGUAGAUA